CCAAUGUUUUCAGUUCCCUCCAGUCCCACUGCUAGGAGGGUGACGUGAGUUUGAGUCGGAUCUCUUCGAAAAACUGUACUUCCGGCGCUGUCUCGGAAGCCUCCCGGCCACCCGUCCCCUCCCUUGUCCGUUCUUCCAACUCUUCCCCACGCCAGUCGGUCAAGCCUAAGUCCUUGAGUUCCGGGUCCGGGCAGCAGAGAAAGAAAAUCCUUUCUCUGGAGGCCUUUCUUCCUCGAGUAGCGGGACCUUACAAGGCAGCAGGACUUCCCGCGAAGGACCGGAAAGGAGGACCUACUACAGAGGCCGUCGAGGUCCGGGACGCCUCAACUCUAUAGCCCUAACUGGCUAGAAGUGCCCAACGUGGAGGGUUUUUUUUUUUUUUUUUUUUAAAGGACGCUCUUGAGGCGACCCGGAAGCGGAAGUGGAAGAAAGUUCUAGUGGCUUGAGGUAUCGGCGGGAGCGGCCGGGUGGCGGGAGGAACCGUUACGGGAACUGAAGCUGCCGAUUAAGCCUGAUCAAGAUGACAACCUCCCAAAAGCACCGAGACUUCGUGGCAGAGCCCAUGGGGGAAAAGCCAGUGGGGAGCCUGGCCGGGAUUGGUGAAGUCCUGGGCAAGAAGCUGGAGGAAAGGGGCUUUGACAAGGCCUAUGUUGUCCUUGGCCAGUUUUUGGUGCUAAAGAAAGAUGAAGACCUCUUCCGGGAAUGGCUGAAGGACACUUGUGGUGCCAAUGCCAAGCAGUCCCGGGACUGCUUUGGAUGCCUUCGAGAGUGGUGUGAUGCCUUCUUGUGAUACUCUCUGGGAAGCUCUCAAUCCCCAGCCCUCAUCCAGAGUUUGCAGCCGAUUAGGGACUCCUCCCCUGUCCGCUACAGAGGAAAAGAUUGCUAUUGUCGUACUCACCUCCGAUGUACUCCAGGGUCUUUGGGAGUUUCCUCCCCUAACCAUUUCAACUUUUUUGGAUUCUCGCUCUUGCAUGCCUCCCUCUUCCUUUUUCCCUUGCCAGUUCCCUGAUGACAGUUACUGGCUUUCCUGAAUGGAUUCCUGGCCCUAUCCCUCACCCCCACCCUCACUUUCAGUCCGUUUGAUACCAUUUGGCUCCUUUUUUGGCAGAACAGUCACUGUCGUUGUAAAGUUUUUUAGAUCAAUAAAGUCAGUGGCUUUCA